AUGGCGCUCAACGGCCCGGGCGUCUAUCACCGCACCCGAGAGCAUGAGCAAGAAGACGCCUCAGACAUCACCAAGAACAUCCUCGCCGAAUCAUGGAAAUCAUGGCCCAACGAAGCCGCUUUUGAUCGUCUAGAAGAACAUCGUGGUCCUCUCCGUCUGACUCUCAAAGGCACCAUCCCCUCAUGGGCUGCUGGUUCUCUCUACCGCACUGGUCCUGGCCAAAGUCGCGUUGAAGACACAGCGCGCGGCACACACUUCACAACUCAUUGGUUCGACGGCUUUGCACAGACUCAUCGCUUUGAUAUCAUUCCUUCUGAAGAUGGCGAGACACAAGUGUGGUACUCAUCAAGACGACAGGCCGAUGAGUGGAUUGCCGAUGUGAAGAAGAAAGGAUGGCGAUCAGGAAUGACGUUUGGACAGAAAGCUGAUCCUUGUGUCGGGAUCUUUGCAAAGGUCAUGACUGUCUUUGAACCAAAGUUGGGGAAUCAUAAUGUUGCGCUUUUGGCCAACGUUCCUGGUGUACCGAAGGAUGAGGAGACAGAGGUAUCGAAUGGAGUGCCGGGACCUCUUGGGCAUCGUGUGAACACGAGCAAUCUGUUUGUUUCUACAGACUACACUGGAAUACGUCGCAUCGACCCUUCAACGCUCCAACCCCUGGCCGAGACCACGCAGUACGAUCUACACCCCUCUCUCAGCGGUCCCUGUUCUUGUUCACACGCCCAACGCGACCCCGACUCAGGAGACCUUUUCAACUUCAACCUUGCAUUCGGCCGAGUUCCCACAUAUCGAAUCUUCAGAGUCGACACUGCUUCAGGAGAAACAGAGGUACUCGCUACCAUCUCCGAUCUCAACGUUCCACCGGCCUACAUGCACAGUUUCUUCCUCACAGAAAACCACGUUGUGAUAUGCAUACCUGCAUCACACUAUGCAUGGAGAGGAUUGAAGACGCAAUGGGAGGGAAACAUUAUUGACUCAAUGAAACCGUUCGAUAAAGAGAGGAAAUGCAAGUGGCUAGUUGUCGAUCGCCGGCACGGAAAGGGGCUUGUCGCUACCUUUUCAACGCCCGCUGCUUUCUUCUUCCAUAGCAUCAAUGCAUUUGAGAAGAACAUUGAAGAUGAAGAUGGUACUGAGCAGACAGAUCUGUUUUUUGAUUUGGCCAAGUAUAACAAUAUGGAUAUUAUCAAGGGCUUUUACUACGAUGUUCUCAUGGAUCGCGACGACGCUACGAAGAAAUACUGGUUCAAGAAUGACCGGUACAAGAAUUGUGCACCAACUCUCACAAGAUACCGUUUCAGACUUCCCUCGGCACCAACACCAGACACAACAUUCUCCGCCAGCGCAGAACAAGUCCUUGCCAUUCCUAGUCCACACGCCGGCGAGCUCCCAACUAUUCACCCCCUUCGCAACGGCAAACCCUAUCGCUACGUCUACAGCGCCUCACUGCGCGGCCUAACAACCUCAGUUGAUGCUCUGGUAAAGACCGACUUAGAUACCAGUGAAGCAUUCAUAUGGACAGGACCUGAAGGACAUACCCCUGGCGAGCCAGUCUUUGUGCCAAGGCCUGGAGCAGAGGCAGAAGAUGAUGGGAUUGUUUUCAGUCUGGUCGUCGAUGGAGUUAAUGAGAAGGCAUAUAUACUGUGCUUAAAUGGAAAGACUAUGGAGGAGCUGGGGAGGGCAGAGGCUGAUUUUGCGAUUGGACAGGGAUUCCAUGGCAUUCAUUUGCCAGCUGCUUAA